GAAUUCUAGGAUCCAUUCCAAAUCAAAUCAAACCAAACAUAGGGGUAGGGUUUUCAUUCUAAAGCGUAAGCGGCCAUAAACCGUGCCUACCUCUGUUUCCUUUCUUUCACUGUCGCAACCUGCCUCCUUCCGAUAUAAGUUUAUAGAGCCUAUCUUCUUUCUUUGUCUGUUUUUUCGCAACUUAGCUUGCUUAUCAGUCUCUACUUCACACGGUUUCUGCAAAAACUCAAGCUCAAUCUCUCCUUUUAAUCCCCAAGCAAUCCAAUCGCCAUCAAAUUUCGCGAAUUUCAGAUUCUUUUGGUUUUCCGAUCUUUCAUUUAAUUUCUAGUAGAAGAUGGCAUCUCGAUUCUGGGGACAGGGUGGAAGUGACUCCGAGGAGGAAGAGAGUGAUUAUGAAGAUGAGGUUGAUAAUGAGGAAGCUGGUGAGUCUACUGCCCAAGCCCCACAAAACAGAUAUCUCAGAGGAACAGCUAGUGAUAGUGAUGACUCUGAUGACCAAAAGCGUGUUGUCAGAUCGGCCAAAGAUAAACGUUUUGAGGAGUUGUCUGCCACUGUCGAUCAAAUGAAGAAUGCAAUGAAGAUUAAUGAUUGGGUUAGCUUGCAAGAGAGCUUUGACAAAAUUAAUAAACAGCUUGAGAAAGUUAUGCGGGUAACAGAAUCUGUUAAGGUCCCAUCCCUUUACAUCAAAGCUCUAGUGAUGUUGGAGGAUUUCUUGAAUCAGGCUUUAGUGAAUAAGGAAGCAAAGAAAAAGAUGAGCAGUAGUAAUGCUAAGGCGUUGAACUCAAUGAAACAGAAACUUAAGAAGAACAAUAAACAGUAUGAGGAUUUGAUUAAUAAAUUUAGGGAGAAUCCAGAGAGUGAGGAGGAGCAGGAGGUAGAUGAGGAGACUGAAGAGGAGGAAGACUCGGAUUUAGAGUUUGUGGAGGACCCUUCAAAGAUUGCAAUGUCUGAUGAGGAUGAAGAGGAUGAGGAAGAUCACCAGGAUAAUCGAACUGAAGCUGAAGGCGAUUGGCAGAAGAUGAUGAGCAAGAAAGAUAAACUCAUGGAUAGGCAGUUCAUGAAAGAUCCCAGUGAAAUCACUUGGGAUACAGUAAACAAAAAGUUCAAAGAGGUUGUUGCUGCUCGAGGUAGGAAGGGAACUGGACGGUUUGAGCAGGUUGAGCAACUAACUUUCUUGACAAAGGUUGCUAAGACCCCUGCACAGAAGCUUGAAAUUCUUUUUAGUGUGGUUUCUGCCCAAUUUGAUGUGAAUCCAGGGUUGAGUGGUCAUAUGCCUAUAAGUGUAUGGAAGAAGUGUAUGCAGAAUAUGACUGUUAUUCUUGAUAUUCUGGUCCAGCAUCCUAACAUUGUUGUGGAUGACAUGGUUGAACCUGAUGAGAAUGAAAGCCAGAAGGGGGCAGAGUAUAAUGGGACAAUUCGAGUUUGGGGUAACUUGGUGGCUUUUCUUGAGAGGAUAGAUUCGGAGUUCUUCAAGAGUUUGCAAUGCAUUGAUCCUCACACACGUGACUAUGUUGAGAGACUGCAGGAUGAACCAAUGUUUUUGGUCCUUGCUCAAAAUGCCCAAGAGUAUCUAGAGCGGGUUGGGGACUUUAAAGCUGCAUCAAAGGUUGCCUUGAGGCGGGUUGAGUUGAUCUAUUACAAACCGCAAGAGGUUUAUGAUGCCAUGAGGAAGCUGGCUGAACAAACAAAUGUUGGUGAUGGUGAGAAGUCAGGAGAGGUUGAGGAAAGUAGGGGUCCCUCUGCAUUUGUUGUCACUCCGGAGAUCGUGCCUCGAAAGCCUACUUUCCCUGAGAGUAGCAGAACAAUGAUGGAUAUGCUUGUGUCUGUGAUAUACAAAUAUGGAGAUGAACGAACUAAAGCUCGUGCGAUGCUUUGUGAUAUUUACCACCAUGCUCUCCUGGAUGAGUUCUCAACUUCCCGCGACUUGUUAUUGAUGAGUCACCUACAGGAUAGUGUCCAGCACAUGGACAUUUCAACCCAGAUUCUUUUCAACAGGGCUAUGGCACAGCUUGGUUUGUGUGCAUUCCGUAUUGGGCUAAUCACUGAAGGACAUGGCUGCCUUUCUGAACUGUAUUCUGGUGGAAGGGUAAAGGAGUUGCUUGCACAAGGUGUUUCACAAAGUCGUUACCAUGAGAAGACUCCAGAACAGGAAAGGCUGGAAAGAAGACGCCAGAUGCCAUAUCACAUGCACAUCAACCUUGAGCUUCUGGAGGCUGUGCACCUCAUUUGUGCCAUGCUACUAGAGGUCCCUAACAUGGCAGCCAACACACAUGAUGUUAAGCGCAAAGUCAUUAGCAAGACAUUUAAGCGUUUGCUUGAGGUCAAUGAGAGGCAAACUUUCGUAGGCCCUCCUGAAAAUGUCAGGGAUCAUGUGAUGGCGGCAACUCGUGCUCUUACCAAGGGGGAUUUCCAGAAGGCUUUUGAUGUUAUCAAGUCUCUUGAUGUCUGGAGGCUCCUUAGGAGCAAAGACAAUGUUCUUGAGAUGCUGAAAGCCAAGAUUAAGGAAGAAGCUCUUAGAACCUACCUAUUUACCUACUCCUCCGCUUAUGAGUCACUUAGCUUGGACCAGCUCACCAAAAUGUUUGACCUGUCAGGAGGCCAAACCCAUAGCGUUGUUAGCAAAAUGAUGAUCAAUGAGGAACUCCACGCAAGUUGGGACCAGCCAACACAAUGCAUCAUCUUCCAUGAUGUUGAGCAUUCAAGGUUGCAGGUUCUGGCAUUCCAGUUAACUGAGAAGCUGUCAGUUCUUGCUGAGAGUAAUGAAAGGGCAAUAGAGGCAAGGAUUGGUGGUGGUUUGGAUCUGCCUAUGAGGCGGAAAGAAGGCCAUGAUUAUGCUAGCAUGGCUGCUGCAGGUGGCAAGUGGCAAGACACUUUUACUCAGGGAAGGCAAGGUUCAGGGCGUUCCGGAUAUAAUGUUGGCGGUGCCAGACCACCAGCAUUAGGCCAAGCUACUGGUGGUGGCUAUUCAAGAGGUCCGUCACGUGCAGGUGGAUACUCGGGUGGGUCAAGGUAUCAAGAUGGGGCAUAUGGUGGGUCAGGAAGGACUUCUGUAAGAGGAACUCAAUUGGAUGGUUCAAACCAGAUGGUUAGUCUCAACAGGGGGGUUCGCACUUAGAGGAUAGUAAGAGAGGCGAUCAAUUUUCUUCCGAGUAGCCAAGUCUUUUCCUCUGGGAUAUUGUUGGUUCCCUGAAACUUGUUUUAUUGUUAUUUUUUUCCUUUUUUAAAAUUUUAUUGCCAUUAUAUUCUGAAUAGGAACUCAAAAGAUAACUUGUAAGUUCUAUUUUUGGCUAACGAGAUCAUGCAAACUACUAUUUAUACCGGUUACCGGGAUUUGACAAAAUAAUGUUUGCACUCUUGCUUCUC